AUUAUGUGAAGUAGUAGAAUUGUGCGAACUUGCACUGCUGUGAACAAGAGCUGGGACAGGCCAUAAAGCCAGAUUUUGUGAACGAUUUCAAGCAGUGAAGCCAGAUCACCUGCACCAUUUCAAAGUCGGUCUCUUCGAUAAUGUCUUCUUCUGCGAGUACUCCGAUCCUCCAGAUCAUCACGAUCCCACAUCGACCGACCCCAACCUCUGCAGAGAUUGACCAGGAGUUAGCCCCUGCCCUUUCCAUCCUGACGGGCGCUCCUGGUCUCGUUGCUGCCUGGCAAGGGCGUCGUCACGAGGACAAAUAUACGAUCCUUCUGCUACUGCUGUGGUCAGAUCUCUCGGCUUCGCGAUCCUUCUUUACUUCACCUUCAUACAAUGACUUCAAUCGUGUCGCUCAGCCAGCACUCAGGGGCCGGAAAAUAACCUGGCAGCAGCACGCUCCCGCAGGGCAGUGGGACUUGAGCGACUUGGCACAUCUCAGAUCAGUGAUUGAGUCACCUUGCGUUGAAGUUGCUUUGACGAAGGUAGUCGAGGGCGGAGUAGCAGGCUAUUACGACGGCUUUAGGCGAGUGGUAUCGAAGGUACUCGAUGCAGAGCCCGGGUGCGACGGAUGGUGGAUUAGUCCGCUCAUAGAGAACCCCCAAGAUCAACUUCUUUUGAUCAAUUGGAAAUCUCACAGUGCACAUCAUGAAGUAUUCGAGAGGAGGCCAGGGUUUCAGCAGUGCAUUGACACUUUGAAAGAUUACUAUGCAGAAUUUGUGAUACCUACUCAUGUUGUGGAGUUGAGUCCCCUGUUCGGAAGCUUGCCUUGAUGUCUUCGAGAUCACGUAAGAGAGCGAAUGAAGUCGGCUUGCGAUGGAACGUUUGUCAAAUCGGGAUAUCGUCAGACUUCUUUUUAGACGAUGUAACAUAUAGAACAGUCAGUGACUGGGUUAUAGGCUCGAUAUUGGUUUGACAGCAACACCAGAACCGUCGAUGCCUG